AUGUCGACAGCCUCCAAAGUCACCUUUGCCAGCACCAUCCUCGGCACCAUCGGCAUCGUCGUCUUCGUCCACUGGGCCCAGACUGCCGAAAAAGCUGCAAUGCAUGCCGGUGUGAUACGAGACAUGGAACAACAGCGAAUCAAACAAGAACGUCAAGCCGAUUUCGAAAUGCAGAAGCGGCUGGAGGAAGAAUAUAAGAAGGUCCAGACCGUGCAUGAUAGCAGUCAAGAAGCGUGA